CAGACAGAGUGACAGAGAGGGUGAAAGUGACAGAGAGAGACACACACACAGAUAGUAACAGCGAGAGAGGUACACAGACAUACACAGUGAGAGAGACGGACACAGACAGAGAGCGAGAGACACACGCAUAAACACAGACAGACACAGUGACAGAGAAAGACAGGAAGUGACAAACACAGAAAGAAAGAGACAAACACACAGAGACAGAGAGAGCCUUGUGGAGAUAUUCCGUCACAGGGCAGAUCUUAAACCACGCGGAGUUAAUGGAGGUGGCAGUCCGGCAGAUUAUAGAAAACCUCAUUAUUAAGAUAAAACAUGACAACAGGAAAUACCAAAAGCCUGCUGAACUUGAAGCUCACCUGUUUGUGUGUGUUAAUGGGGUAAGCUCGAGUUUACGUUAUCACAGGGAAGGACUCUUUUGCACUGUGACAGUGGCAGCUAGUGGACCUUGGAUUGCCAACAAUCAAAAAGAUAAUUUCAAUGAAGUUAUAGAAAAGCUGUUACCCCAGCUGUCCUUGACUGCAGUGCAACCAGACACAGGGAAUGCUCAUUUAAAUGAGCAGCUCAUCUCUUCACCAUUCAAGUUGACAUUUGAGAUUUCAGAGAGAAGUAGCACUGUUCGAACAGACUGCUUAGCAAUCAAACAUUUCUUACAUAGGAUCAGCAUUGUCCAUCCACAGCUGAAAAAUGAGUUUCACAUCAAAGUAAAUGGAGUUCUAUUGAAUCAAACUUUUGGGAAUGAGAAACAAGAGAAGUUUUGCAUCAGUGGACAAUCUAUACUUUGUGGCAGUGAUCAUUAUAUCAUAGAUGAUGAAAGUGCAACUCAUCCACAAUGCUGCAAACUCCACCCCGUUGCUGGAAAGUCGUUCCCUUUGUCCGUUCCCAAACAACUCGCAGAAGCCGGAGUCUGCGGAUUGCUGGAGAUAUUACCAAUAGCUGCAAUCUGUCCGUGCCUGAAGAACUACCCUAACAAACCUGCUAGAAUAUCCAACGUCUCUGUAUCCUUUAGGAAAAGAGUGUACAGUUUAUGUGGACGUAAAUGGGAGCUGGUUUUCUCUGUAACGUGUGUUCCCGUUGCACUUUUAUUUACUGGUGUAUAAUGUCCACCAAAUGUUACAAUAUCUUUAGACUGUAGGGAUGGAUGCCAUCAAGAAUUAAGUUUUGCCUUGGCAUUGAGAGGGGAAUUCCUGUUUUUAUUUCUUCUUGAAUAUACAGAGGUUGGCUUUACUCAAACGAGUUUGCUAAUCUUGCGUUUGAACUGCUUUCCCGAGGAAGAAUGGCCUGAUAUUUCUAUCAAGUGACUCAUUGCUUACUCUGACUGUCCAGAUCCCUACUAAAUGGACUGUUAUC